UAAAUCCAAACAGUAGCCAUCGCAUCACACAGUGGAAGACAUAUCCCAAUUUCUGGACUGCUGAGAUAUACAUAUAUAAAUAAUUCCUCUCAAACACACCUCAGAAUCCAACACUGCCCCAUUGCACAACCCAGCACGUCCGGAUCGCCUUGAGAGAAAAAACAUACCAACAAUGCCACCCAACUCUUUCCUCCCGGAAUCAAACACAUCCCUAGCAUACACUACCCCUUGCUCCCCUCCCCAUCUAACCCACACACCCGUCCCCACACCAUCUCCCAACGAACUCUUGAUAAAAGUCCAUGCCGCAGCCAUAAAUCCCGUCGACAUACAACUAUGGGGAAAUCCUGUUGUAGGCUGGCUGGCUGGUAAAAAAGAGAAGGGAAUAGGGCGGGAUUACUCGGGCGUGAUAGUUGCGGUGGGUAAGGAGGUGAAGAAGCAAGGGAGGUGGGAAGUCGGGGAUGAAGUGUUUGGGUUGUAUAAUAAACCUACUGCAGAAGGAACAUUCACCCACUACCUCCUCGUCUCCCCCACCACCUCCCCCCUCGCCAAAAAACCGCCUUCCCUACCCCACCCCUCCGCAGCCGCCAUCCCCCUCGUCGCCCUAACCGCCUUCGCCUGCCUCUCCUGGCUCCCCUCUUCCCCUAGCUCCCCCAACCACCCCUACCGCAUCAUCAUCUCCGGCGCAAGCGGGGGCGUAGGGACCCUGUGCAUGCAACUCGCCAAGCGCCUGUACGGCAGCCACAUCACAGCCAUCUGCUCAUCGCGCAACGCGCAGUUUGUGCGCGAUCUCGGUGCCGACGAAGUUAUCAGUUACACUUUUCAAGACGUACGGAAAACACUACUUGAAAAAGUGGAAAAAGAUGGUGCAGCGUACGAUUUGUACGUCGAUUGCGUGGGCGGGACAGACGUGUUUGACUAUUGGACGCAGCUGCUGCAGAGACGCGGGGCGUAUGCUACGAUUGUGGGGGAUAAGACGGAGAGGACGGCGAUGGGGGGGCCGCUGACGUAUUUUACUUAUCCGAGACAGGUGGCGAGGUAUGUUAGGGGGUGGCUUGUUGGACCGCGGUAUGCGAAUGUCAUGUUGUUUGAUAAGAGUGAGUGUUUGGAGCAGGUGGCGGAGUUGGUGGAGAGGGGGGAGGUGAGGGUUGUGGUGCAGGAUGUUGUCAAGGGGAUUUUGGGUGAGAAGACGUAUGGGGAGGCGUGGGAGAGGGUUAAGGGGGAGAUGGUGGGAGGAAGGGUUAGGGGGAAGAUUGUUGUUGAUGUGUCUAGUUAGAGAGAAGGGAGAAAGAGAGAGAGAGAGAGAGAGAGAGAGAGAGAAUUUAUUGGUGGUGCACAAAGUAAUGUUUCAUUUGGCUAACAAAGUAUG